CAUUACCUCUGUGGGAACAGAGUAUGACGAAUAAACCGCAUUUAUAUGAUUAACGCGAGCGAGAUGGUAGCCAAAGCCACAGUACAGCCUGUGCUGGAAGCCCUCCCCAGCCAGGACACACUGCCGCAGAUACCCAUCAUCACCUCAGUGACAUGCUGCUUUGUUUUGUCCCUGCUCUAUGUGGGCAGCCUCUACGUGUGGAACACGAAACACAAUCGGGACCAUCCGGCGACCAUUAAGCGGCGCUUCACCAGCGUCUCGGUGGUGAUGCUCUUCGCCCCGUUCUUUGUGUGGUACUUCUCGUCGCCGGAGCUGCUCAGCAGCGAGCCCUUUGCGAAGUUGCUCGGCUUUCGCUGGGAGGGAUUGUGGCAGGCUGUGGUGAUUCCCUAUGGCCUGACAAUGCUGCUGUUCGCGGGACCCAUCUUUGUCAACUGUCAGAACGAAUCGAUUGGAUCCUACUUUGAUCUGGACUACUGGCGCGGUUGCAUCCACAACAUCAUGUGGGUGCGCAAUCAUGUGAUGGCACCGCUCAGCGAGGAGUUUGUGUUCCGGGCCUGCAUGAUGCCGCUGAUCCUGCAGAGCUUUUCGCCCAUGACGGCUGUCUUUAUAACGCCCCUCUUCUUUGGCGUCGCCCAUCUGCAUCACAUCGCCGAGCGACUGAGCCUGGGCGUGGAGCUGAGCACCGCCCUGCUGAUCGGUUUGUUCCAGUUCAUCUAUACCACCCUCUUCGGCUUCUAUUCGGCGUUUCUGUUUGCUCGCACUGGCCAUAUAGUGGCGCCGUUCGUCGUCCAUGCGUUUUGCAAUCACAUGGGUCUGCCGGACCUGCAGGAUCUCUGGCAGCAGGAUAUGUGGCGGCGAGUACUGGCCAUCGUUCUGUAUGUAGCUGGCCUGGCGGGCUGGAUCCUACUGCUGCCGAUAGCCACCAGUCCAUCCGUCUAUGGGAACACGCUCUACUGGAAUGUGUAGAAAUAUUGUCGUUCUUAUAGCUAAAUUAUUUUGUGUUUUCUGACUGUGGCCAUAGUAUGACACGCUCAUCUGUACUUAUGUAUCAUGUUUAGAUAUUAAUUGCAUAUCAAACCAAAUGCUGACUGCAUCCAUUGCACCCAUUAUAUAUAAACAUGUAUAUCAGCAAGUCUUCCGUGCAAUUUAAACAAAUUAAAAG